CAAAAACAACAAUAACAUCAACGGUCACACCUAGCCCGCCAAAAGUGAUUUGUUUUGCGCUCGUUGUGGAAACUCGCGGGGAAAUCUCUAUAAUUGCAUAAAAUUCUUUGUAUAAAACUGAUCAAAUGACUCCUGCAAAUGUGUCCCAGACAGAUAUUAGUAUCGAAGAUGAGGACGAGAUUAUGGCCCUGGAGAAACUGCUGGGUGCAGCGGAAAACGACGAUGCAGAAUCAGCAAAACCGGAGAAACCGAAACCCGCACCCACUUUGGCGAAUGCUGUUCCAAAACUCCGAGAAGACAGCACUUUUGCAGAUGCCUUUAGUUACGAAAAGACCGUGAAACCGACGAAGGAGAAGCCAUUGGCUAUUAACGAACCGGAACUGGACUCGUCCGACGAUGAGGAGGUCAAGAAUUACCUGGAACGCAAGUAUAAUGAGUACGGAAGCAAUAUAAACAAAUCGCUGAAGCAGCAGCGAGAGACUGCUCAUGAGUCAAAGGUGGCUAGGGAGGUGGAUAAUGCCCUCAAGAGCAGCAAGAUGGUGACAUCCACUCCGCAGCCUCUCAAAAAUCCUCACAAUCCCAUCAAGCGGCAGUCUACUGUUAGCAGCUCCUUUCAAAGGCCUCCGCCUGCUGCAGCAGCAGUGGCCGCCUCCUCUCAGCCGAGUGCUCCUGUGUCCGCUGUUUUUACGGAUCCUGUUUUCGGACUGCGCAUGAUUAACCCAUUGAUCUCCAGUUCGCUCCUUCAAGAGCGUAUGGGGGAACGGAAGGCAGUGCCCUUCUCCGGAGUGGCGUUUCACAUUGAGCGUGGUGACCUGGCCAAAGAUUGGGUCAUUGCUGGCGCCCUGGUUUCCAAGAAUCCCGUAAAGAACACAAAAAAAGGUGAUCCCUACUCGACAUGGAAGCUAUCCGAUCUACGAGGGGAGAUCAAAACCAUAUCUCUGUUCCUCUUCAAGGAGGCUCACAAAGCGCUGUGGAAAACCGCUGAAGGCAUGUGUCUGGCCGUCCUCAAUCCUACCAUUUUCGAGCGACGAGCAGGAAGCUCCGACGUGGCCUGCUUGUCAAUCGACACCUCCCAAAAGGUUAUGAUCUUGGGACAGUCCAAAGACUUGGGCACGUGUCGCGCAACCAAAAAGAAUGGUGAAAAGUGUACUUCAGUUGUUAACAUAACCGAUUGUGACUAUUGCAUAUUUCACGUGAAACGGGAGUACGGAAAGAUGUCGAGGCGAUCAGAGCUUCAAUCGGCCACUGCUGGUCGUGGCCUGAAUGAGCUGAGAAACAAAGUAUUGGGCAAAACGGAGGUCUUUUACGGCGGACAAUCUUUUACGGCAGUGCCGGCCAAAAAGAGCUCAAAACUAAUCAACAAGGAACGCGAUCGGCUAAGCAUGCUGGCUGGCUACGAUGUGUCGCCUUUCGCUCAUACAGCAGACCACGCCUCCAAGCCGAGAUCAGCCACGCCGCAGUCUGUACCCUACGCUGAACGUACGGGUCCGAUUUCCCGAUCAGCAGGUGGCGUAGAAGCCUCUUCUAAACAAAGAAACAAGGAUCUGGAGCGGUUGCGUAUGUUGAAGGCUGAAAAUGAACGGUUUGAAAAGGCAAACGAAGCCAAGGAUCAUGUAUUGGGGGAAGCCAGUAAAGUGGAAUCCACAGUGACACCUAGUACACCCACUACACCGGUUAACGUGCCGGACAAGUUCAAGAAUCGGGGGUUUUCUUUUGACGCCAGUUUGACGCCGAAACUGUCUGGCAGCGAGAACUUCUCCUUUGAUAUCAAUGUAGGAGCACGACAAGCUCAAAGUGCCAAAAUGAGGGCAGCUGCACUGUUGAAGAAGAAACCCCUGGAAAAGGUCAAUCCCAACUCAACCAGAGGCACUGAAACGGGCAAAAGGAGAGCUAUCGAUGAGCUCAAUGACAAGUUCUCUAGCAGCGCUAAGCGGCAAAAAAUAGAGGAAGAGGAGCGCGAGCUGAUGCGUAAGUCUCGUAUUGAGCGAAUCAUGGCGGCCACCUCGUCGCACACGAAUCUAGUGGAGAUGCGAGAGCGGGAGGCCCAGGAGGAGUACUUUAACAAGCUGGAGCGGAAAGAGGCCAUGGAGGAGAAGAUGCUGGGUACCUACAAGAUGCCCUGCAAAGCCGUCAUCUGUCAAGUGUGCAAGUACACCGCCUUCUCCGCCUCCGAUCGCUGCAAGCAGGAAAAACACCCGCUUAAGGUUGUCGAUGCCGAAAAGCGUUUCUUCCAGUGUAAGGACUGCGGAAAUCGCACAACCACGGUGUUCAAGCUGCCCAAACAGAGCUGCAAGAACUGCAAGGGUUCGCGCUGGGAAAGAUCGGGAAUGAUUCGGGAAAAGAAGGUCCUCACCGGCAGGGAGUCCUUAUCCAUUCGAGGCGAUGAGGAGGUGUUCUUGGGGAGUGUGGCCAAUAGUGCCAACCUCAAUCUCUUGGUACCCGACGAGGAGUAGGCAGUUAAUUUCCCCAUUUUUGUUGGCGUAAAGUUGUUUCUUUAUUUGCUUUAUGUGGAUUGUUUGCACAAGUUUACAUUUUAUUUAUAUAAUUUAAAGUUUAAUGUUUAAUAGCAUAUGCAAUACGUACAAAUAUUUACAGUCCAUUGGUUGAUCGCUAUUUGGCAGUUAAAAAUGAAUCUUAGAUAAAUAAGUAAAAGCGCCCAAAAGCCUAAAAAUCUAAAGUGCCUGUGAGAUUGUGGGUGCAGGUUGCUUGUAAAUUUAGUCAAGUACCAGGUGUACCAAAUAAACCUUUUAUGAAUGUGAAUUUUUUAAUGUGAUGAAGAUGAAUGCAACUCUUAACCUAUGACUGAAAAAUAAAAUUCAAUUUUAACCUAAA